UGAUAAGCAGACGCUGGCAAGAUGGCUUCGGAUGACGAAUUCAGAAGCAUAUUCUCGGGCUGAUCUCCCGGUUCCAGUUAAUGUCUCUGCUCACUCUACUCGUAAGGAUUUACACUGCAACGCACUGACCGCAUCACAUGUGCAGCUGAGAAACCAUGGCUAUGAAAAUAUACUUAUUGCCGUUCACCCGCAAGUUCCAGAAAACCCAGAGAUAAUCACAAUUAUCCAGGAUAUGAUUACUGAAGCAUCAUUAUACUUGUUUAAUGCCACCAAGAGAAGGUUCUUUUACAGAGAGGUGAAGAUUAUAUUACCUAGCACCUGGCAGUCAUUCGAUUUGCAGAGACCAAGUUAUGAAAAGCAUGCAAAGGCCAAUGUAAUCAUCAGCAACCCAAAUUUAAAUUAUGGAAAUGAUCCUUACACAUUGCAUUAUAGAGGAUGCGGAAAAAGGGGAGAAUACAUACAUUUUACUCCUGAUUUCUUAACUGAUGAUCGUCUUCUUCCAGUUUAUGGACCUCAUGGAAGAGUAUUUGUCCAUGAAUGGGCCCACUUUCGAUGGGGUGUGUUCGAUGAAUACAAUUAUGACACACUAUCAUCCACUCAGUGUUCCUCGGAGCUGGCUGGUAUGUAUAUAUGUAAGUCACGCUCCUGCUCUGAUGGAGACUGCAUCGUUGACCCUCAGACGGGGAAUUUAGAAGAAGGGUGUAUGUUUUUAGUGAACAGUACCCAAAAAAUGAAAACCUCUAUAAUGUACAUGCAAGCAUUAUCUUCCGUCGUAGAAUUUUGUUAUGAUCAUGACCAUGAUAAGGAGGCCCCAAAUAUGCAGAAUAAAAUGUGUAGUUAUCGCAGCACUUGGGAUGUUAUAAAAGGUUCAGAUGACUUUAAAUCGACGCUACCAAUGUCUGGCAUGGAGCUCCCACCGCCACCUUCUUUCACACUGCUUCAAUCUAGAGCAAGGGUGGUCUGCCUGGUGUUGGAUGUCUCUGACAACAUGAUCACGGGUAAUAGAAUCCGAUGGCUACGUCAAGCAGCAGCCAUCUUUAUUCAGCACAUUAUUGAAGGUAGCUCCCAUGUUGGCAUUGUCACUUUUAAUGAAACAACAGAAGUGAAAAGUCCUUUACGUCAUAUCGUCAAUGAUGAUGUACGAUGGAAUCUUACUUCAUUCCUUCCAAACACAGCUAGUGGGGGACUAUCUAUCUGUAAAGGAGUUUUAUCUGGCUUGCAGGUGAUCAAAGAGCUUGAUGGCCAUACAGAAGGUUCUGAAAUCAUCUUGGCAGUCAGCGGGAGUGACAGAAAUAUAUAUAAGUGUUUAUCAGAAGUGACUGGGAGUGGCACUGUUAUUCACACAAUAGCUAUGGGGUCCAAUGCUGAUCCUGAACUGGAACAGUUAGCAGAAUUUACAGGUGGAACAACGUUCUUUGCCUCGGAUAGUAUGGAAUCAGACAAUUUAAUUGGAGCUUUUACUCAAAUAACCCCAAUACAUGGAAUUACUGUUGACCCAUUUAUAAAGAUAACCAGUGUUUUGAAGCUCAUCCAAGUUUCAUGUCACUUAUCUGGCUCUGUAUUUAUAGACAGCACUGUGGGGAAUGAUACAUCUUUUAUUAUUACCUGGCAGGCCCCUGAGCCUCCUAAUAUUAUUAUUCAGGAUCCCACAGGAUACAAUUACACAAAUAAAGAGUUUGAACAUGAUCACGUCUCACAUGUCUCUCAUCUGAAAGUUCCAGGAACUGCUCAGGGUGGAACUUGGACGUAUAAGAUAACAAACUCAAUACACAAACUGCAAGCUCUUGGCAUUUUAGUGGCCUCAAGAUCAUCAUCUAAAACCAUACCAGCUCUGGUUGUCACUGCUGACAAGUUCAAUCACACAGUCCAUUCUCCACAUCCAGUGAUUUUAUUUGCAGAGCUUAAACAAGGAUUUACUGUCAUAUUGGGAGCUCAUGUGACAGCUGUUAUUGAAUCAGAAGAUGAAGAUCCUAUCAUUGUAACACUCAAUGAUAAUGGUGCAGGUGCUGACAUUACCAAGGAUGAUGGCAUAUAUUCCAUAUAUGUAUUUUGGUUCCGGCGCGAUGGUAGACAUACAGUGAAAAUUCUUGCUGAGUGGACAAAUGAUGUCUCCUUAAUGCCCAUGCAGAGCAGUCGAGCCAUGUACGUUCCUGGAUACAUAGAAAAUGAUGCCAUCAACAUGAAUCCCCCUAAACCGCUAAUCAGUGGUGAAGCUCAAUUCUUAAAUGAAACCUUCAGCAGGAUCCUCUUUUUAGGCAGUUUUAUAGUGUCUAAUGUCUCCCAGUAUGCUAUGUUGGAGGAUGUUUUUCCGCCAUGUAAAAUAGUCGAUCUUGAAGCAAGGAUGGAAAAUGAUUACGUAUUGUUAUCUUGGACAGCACCAGGAGACAACUAUGAUCAGGGAGCUGCAUCAAGUUAUGACAUUCGAAUGAGCAACAGUCCUAUAGAUUUGAGACAACAUUUUUCUAGCUCCAUAUUCAUCAAUGCUUCUAUUCUAAAGCCAAAGAAUGCCGGCGACAGAGAGAUAUUCUCAUUUAAAUUUGGGAACACCACUGCACAUAUGAGUGUUAUAAUUUAUAUUGCAAUUCGCUCAACUGAUAAAGCAUCACACCAAUCUGAAAUAUCAAAUCUAGUACACGUCACCAGACCUAGGGUUCAAGAAAAAGAAAUAAACUAUGCAUACUCAAAAGUUGUUGUGAAGUACAGUACAACAACAAUUGUAAUUACUAUUGUAUCUGUAAUUUCUCUAUGUCUUACAUUAGGGUAUGGUGUCUACAGCUGGAAGAAGCAAAAUUCAUUUAGGUUAGAUAGCAAUGUGAGUGACAUUGAUUCACGGACACAACAUAGGUCAAUAAAAGAUGCACAUAAUUGUAUUGAGUGCCAAGAUGAAGAAUUCCCUCUGCAAGUUGUGUCUGGCGAUGAUCUGUCCGCAGAAACUAUAUUGGUUCUGGAUGAGAAAACAAUUGUUUAAAAAAGUUUCAUGUUUGUGAGACUGAUUGUAGCAAAGUAAGGGGCUCAUUUAUCA